UAGUUUAUAGGCUGAUAUGAUACAAAGUGCGUGGCUAGAAGAACCCGUGUUAUAAAAAAAUCAAGAGGCCGGUCAACUCCAACACAAAAGGUCCCGAACAUCUCUUCGUCUCGUUAUCGUUCUCGUCGACAUCAGAAUCUCUAAAGCCAAAUCUGUUAAUUAAAGAAGGGAUGGUGGGAAGUGGAGCUCCACAGAGAGGAAGUGCAGCCGCAGCUGCUAGCAUGCGUAGGAGGAAGCCUAGUGGAAGUGGAGGAGGAGGAGCCUCUGGUGGUGCAGCAGGAUCCAUGCUUCAGUUCUACACGGAUGACGCACCCGGUCUCAAGAUCUCCCCUAAUGUCGUCCUUGUCAUGAGCAUCGGUUUCAUUGCCUUUGUCGCUGUCCUUCAUGUCAUGGGCAAGCUCUACUUUGUCAAGUGAGUGAUCAGAGAGAGAGAGGCUUGAAACUACUGCUAGUGUUCAGUUAUUAACUCAUGUUUUAAUUUUGAUUAAGUUUAUU